UCUGAAAAAGUUGUUGGCAUCAUUGAGAAAAGGCUUGAUCUCAAAAAAUUUUAUCACAAAGUCAAUCUAGUAGGGAUGGAUAUUUGGCGUAAGGAGAUCGAUAAUUGGUUAGAAAAAUCCAGUGCCCAAAUACUAGCAGUUUGGGGCAUGGGUGGAAAUGGUAAGACGACUUUGGCAAGGCACAUUGUCUACUCUAAUUGGGAUGAUUUUGGAAGCAUCAGCAUCUUGGAGGACAUUGGUAGUAAAUCAACAGAACAAUUGCAUGAGCUACAACAAAAGCUUCUUACAGACAUCUUACAGGGCAAGAAGAGAAAAAUCCCUAGUGUUUGGCUAGGUACAUGUAAGAUUGAAAAUGCCCUACAAACAGAAAGGGCGCUCAUUGUUCUUGAUAACAUUGUUGAACCGAGCCACUUGUUUCUCUUACUUGGAGCUGGAAUUGAAACACAAUCUAAGAUUAUAAUAACAACAAGGGAAAGUAAUCCACAUAAAUGGUUUGAUCAGUCUACUUCUUGGAGGUGUCAGGAACUCAAAAUGAAAUCUCUUGAUAGGAAUGAAUCAUUAGAGCUGUUAAGUCUUCACGCUUUUGGGUCGAAAGCUCCGACCGAAGGUUUUGAUCAUCUUGUAGAGAAGGCACUAUGGUAUUGUGAAGGAAAUCCACUUGCUCUUGAAGUACUGGGCUCCUCACUAUCUCGGAAUAACAAGCAACUUUGGGAAAGUAGAUUGAAUUCGUUAGAAAAAGAGCUUCAUGCUGGAAUUCAUAAUGUACUCAUAGGGAGCUAUGAGUCAUUGCCACUUGACUCCGACAGAGAAUUGUUUUUGCAUAUUGCUUGUUUCUUUGUUGGGAAAGACAAAGAUUAUGUAGUGAAGAUUUUAGAACCUGAUUACUCGGCUUUGUUUGGAAUAGAAACUCUCUGUAAAAGCUGCCUUCUUUCUGUUUCACCAAACAACAAAAUGAUGAUGCAUAAAAUGCUUCAAGAAAUGGCAAGAACAAUUGUCUAUAAAGAGUCACCCAAAAACCCUGCGAAACGUAGCAGAGUUUGGAGAGAUAAGGAGUCUCAUGAUAUAUUGCAGGAAGGAAAGGGUUCAAAAAAAAUCGAAGGUCUGGCUCUUGACAUAAAGUUGCUAAAUCAAGGAGAAGAGUCGUAUGAGUAUGAGUCAGACCUAACCACAGAGUCAUUUAAGAAGAUGGACAGAUUAACAUUGCUCCAGCUAAACUUUGUGGAUCUCAUUGGACCCUAUGAGAACUUCUCAAAAAAAUUAAGAUGGCUAUGCUGGAUUGGAUUCAGUUUACGAGCCAUACCCUCCAACUUGUGCAUGAAAAACUUAGUGGCUAUAGAUAUGAGCUAUAGCUGCUUAGAAGAAUUUGAACCGCCUGUGAAUCUUCAUUCACUCAAGAUUUUGAAUCUUAGAAGCUCAAAGUUUUUACGGGAAAUCCGCAACAUCUAUCGACUCCGUUAUCUUGAGAUUUUGAUUCUCUGGGAUUGUACAAGUCUGACUCACGUAACCCUUGGAGAUCUUACUUGUCUUGCUAUACUGAAUUUAACAGGGUGUAAAAAUCUGUGCACGAGGGAGGAAGUAAGCUCAUUAGUAAGUCUAGAAGGAUCGUCUCUUCAUGCCACAGAAAGUACUCAGCAAGCAUCCUUUCUUUUGCCAAAGUCAUUAGAGCGAUUAUUCUCCUCUUCAUGCAACCUUAGUGACACUGACUAUUUUCCUCUUACUUUCAACGACCAACCACUUUUGAUAUACUUGAAUCUAGUCAAUGGUCUGUUUGAGUUCUUGCCUAGUUACAAUUCUCUUAAACAUCUCCGGGUCCUUGAUGUCAGUGGUUGCAAUGAUCUUAAAGAGCUGCGAUGUCUUCCAAGUACACUUGCAGAAUUGUACAUUUAUUACUGUAAUUCAUUGAAUAUAGUUACUUUUGAGUCGCAUCGAUUCAUUUUGCAAGAAUUUGGCUAUCAGGGCUGUAUCAGUUUGUGUGAAGUGGAAGGCCUUUUCAAAUUGAUGCCAAUAACCAAGCUUGAAGAAUCUGAUUUGAAACACAUGACUUGGCUUAGAGAAUAUCAAGAUCUUAAGGUGUGCUUGGUUGGGGAUGCUGAGCUUACCAAAGGCAGGAAUUCGUGUGUCCAGAUGUUGUAUGAAUAUAAUAUAAUGAGCACAUCUCUGCCAAACAUAAAGAAUUCAAAUAUGAUGACAGAUACUGAUUACAUGUAUACAUCCCAAUCAACGUUAUUGUCUUUUAAAGUGCCUACAUGCACCGAGCACAGGAGGCUCGAAGGAUUAAUCAUAACUUUUCAAUAUACAACACACGGUGAAGAUUGGGUAUGGUUUGCUAAACUCAGUACGCCCAGAGGUGUUAACUUGAUGUACAACCCCAGAGUCUUUGGCAAACCUGAUGAAGUUGGUAUUUGGUCAAGCUAUUGGCCAAUUGGGAAAGCAUUACAAAUUGAAGAGACGGUUAAUGUGUCUAUCGUUGUGAUCAAGGGUCUUCUAGAUAUACAUUGGUGCGGUUCAAAUCUUGUGUACACUGAUGAAGCAGAAAAUGAAACCUUGCAAGAGAAACAAUGUGUAGCAAUUCUUGGAGAAGAUGUUUCUGAAUUUCAACUUAGCACAGGGGCUUACUAUCUUUGUCGACGUGAUUACUUUGAGUUAAUGGAGGCUGGAAAACUCAAUGCUGAUUGGUUCAGGAUUUUAGUUGAUGAUAAAAUCAACUAUUCAGAGGUAGGAGGAUGGAGAUUGACUGGUAAACCGGAGCUACCGUAUCAAUCAUAUACAGAAGUGAAGACUGUUAGAUGCAUCAUGUAUGGUCCUGAAAUGGAGGGAAUUUACAAGAUUGCAGAGUUAUCAAAAUCAUCUCUUGUAGACAAAACUAUGGAAUCAUCUGAACUUAGUAAAGCAAUACCAUGGGACUUGUUCAUCAAUGAAACCAUGGCAUCUACCUCAAGCUCACUCAUUGACGAAAUUGAAUAUUGCGAGUUGCAGAAUGAUGAACAAACGAGUUCAAGAGAGAUGUCUGCAAUGGAAAAACCGUUACAGUUUCAAGAUGAUGUGCCAUUAAGAAGCAGGGAUAAAAGGGGUUUUGUUACUCGUCCAAGAAGCAUUGCAGAACGGGUAAGGCGAUUACGAAUAAGUCAAGCAAUGAGGAGGCUACAAGAUUUUUUCCCCAAUCAAACAAGCACAGCAGACAUGUUGGAUAUGGUUGUGGAUUAUAUCAAAGAACUUCAGAAAGAAGUCGAGACACUUUCAGAUUGUUAUGCUAAGUGUACAUGUCCACAUAAGCAGAAACUGUAAGACAAGAGUAACUAAAGGUAUGUCGCUUCUGUAUAUGAUAUACAAUGGAAAUAGCCCGAGAAGAAGAAGAAACUUGUUUAGUGAAUGAGUCAGGGUAACAAAAAAGCUACAUAUGUUAUGUAUAAUGUAAAAUCUAUCCAAUUCUAUAGUCAUUGUAAGGUACAAGUAGCCAAGAUAGUUUAUAAGAAUAAUAUCAAAAGACCACCAUGCAUGUAAAAUUGUAAAUGAUAUGUCAUGUAUGUAUCCUGAUCCAUUUUGUGCUGCUUGUAUCUACGUUACUACAAAUA